AUGCCUUCAAAGUUAACUACCGGCGAAAUUAUCGGCACGGUUUUGGGUAUUCUCUCCAUCAUAACGCCGCUCGUUAUAUUCUUCAUUAAAUGUAUCCUUCAAGCACGCAAAAAGGGAGCCACACACAGACCAGAGACUAGUGACGAAGAAAGUCGCGAGGGGGGUGCUCCCCCACCGCCGGCACCUGUUACAAGCGGAAAUAUAUUCCACAUACGCGAAGCUCACCUCAGUUUCUACUCCGAGUCAAAGCCCAAUACAGACGCUGCAAAUCCUCUUGCUAUUGCCUACCCUCAGGCAGUUUUGAGUAGGGAUACGAUAGGGGACCUUAGCACUAUUUCAAACGGGGGCUUAUCUGAAAUGAGAAGAUCAAUAGUUCAUAGGAUUGAUAAGGUUAAUGACAAUAGUCAAAGCUGUCUUAAUGUCCUAUCUACCCCAGAUCUAGAGUCGACUCAAAUUGCCCCGAUUGAGAUACCUAGCACCCCAGAUCCCACAUCACCACCCGCAGGAGAACACGAGAAAAAGGCGGAGUAG